UUUAUGACACAUUAUAACCUGCCUGACAGCUGACUUUCCAGAAUGACAGGGGAAACAAAGUUGCAAAGAAAAUCAAAGACCUCCAACUUUCAACUUUAUGGAGAGGAAGAGGAUCAUGUCAAGGUCACUACUGUGCCCGGGAAAGUAGAUUCUGAAGAUAUUCCAGUUCUGUGUUCAACAUGUCGACAAACAAUAUACCCAAGUCAUCUUCAUCAUCAUAAAAAAGAGCACAAAGCCCUCAUGGUUCUGGGUUUUAGUCACCCAUGGUCAGAGAUAGAUACAAAAACACUUUCAACUAGGAGAUGGAAACUAAUCAGAAGCCUGCUCAAGUCUUCUGAAUACAAUGAAAGAGAGAAGCAGAAGAUUGAUUAUUCAUUUGAGCUACUUAAAGAUAGGUCAAAGUGUACAUCAUAUUAUGAUACUGAUAAUAUUAUCAACAGUUGUAGGCAUCCUACAGUCAGAAAUUCUCUAAUAAAAGCUUUAGCAGUCUGUCAGGAUAAAAAUGCUAUGUGGAGACCAGAUAUGGAAGACACAUUUAUUGUGGUAGAUAACUAUGGAAACAAAUCAGAUAGAUGUUUUUUGGGUGUUCUCGAUGGAGGGCAUGGCACAUCUGUUGCCGAAACGGUUUCAGCUGAACUUCCACUUUUAUUUCUCGACCAACUUUCUCAAGCCAGUUCCUCCUACGAAGUGCAUGAAGAUGAGCAAACCAUUCUAGGCUCUUUUUCCACAGUAAUCAAGGAGAAUUAUAGGGAACAGGAGAAAAUUUUCUUUGGUGAAACACAGAUUGGUAACACUACCAGCACAAACACCUAUGAAUGGAUUCACAAAGCAUAUGCCAAGGCAUUCUGGAGAAUGGACAGACUUUUACAGCUGGGAAGGAAUGAAGUUUCCAAAGUUCGCUGGAGUGGCUGUACAGUUGUCACCUGCUUAUUGGAAGGAGUCAGCAAUGGAAAGCCAUGCUGCAUCAAGAAACAAGACAAGGCAAAGUUGCCCCAAAACAGCAACAGCAACUAUUCAGUGGAUUCAUCCCGAAUUGAUGGUGGCAUAUUACAUGUGGCUAAUACUGGUAAUGUACAUGCAGUCUUAUGCAAACAUGGAAAAGGCUACUGCCUUACCAAAGAGCACAGCACUUCAAGUUUAACUGAGAGAACACGUAUACUUCAAAGUGGUGGGAACAUCAGUUCAAAUGAACCCAAAGGACUAGUAGAAGGACUCAUCGGAGCUACUCGUGGCCUUGGACAUCAUGGAGACCCAAAGUUGAAAAAAUCCGUUAUUCCUGUACCUCAUAUGACCUCUGUCCCUGUAGACGAUUCAUGUCAAUUCCUCAUUUUAGCUUCUAAUGGGCUUUGGGAAGUUUUGGAUAAAAGUGAAGUGGUUAAAUUAACAUUAACAAUGUUCACCUAUUAUUUGGAAAUGUACAAACAUGCUAAGCUAGAGUUUCCUGUGUGUAAACAGCAGGACUCAAUGGUUCCCUCUGCGGAUGACUUGAAUGAUUCAAAAGGCAUUAAUGACCUAAUGGAAGAAGUCAACUUACUAUACUUUAAUAAAAAUGUUUUUCUGGAUCAAUCUGAAGACAGUCCAAAACAAAAUGAUGCAAGUUUGCACUUGUCUAACAACAGAAGACAUUUGCAAAAUGAAGACAAACUGCAGUCAGGUUUCAGAGACAGUUUGGAAAAAGAGGAAGAACUAGAUGAUGACCAUACAAAACAAGGUGAUACAGAAGCAUGUCUCUCUAAUCACAGACCAUGUUCACAAAACACAGAAAUAAUCCAGCUAGGCUCCAUCACUCAAGAACAUUGUGAUGUAAUGGAAAAGCUGGAAGAUGAUACAGAAGUAGGUGCAUCUAACAAUAGUGAAUCACAUUCACUAACGGCAGGACAAGGAAGAAAUAACACCUUCUAUGAGAAUGCAGCAAAUUAUAUUAGCAAACAACUGGUAAAAACUGCACUAGCAGCAGGUUCUAGAGAAAACAUUACUAUUUUAGUUGUACUUCUGAAUGGAUGUGACAGGAUACCCAAUUAUAUUAGCAUAUAACAUAUACCACGUGCUUACUAGAGUAGCACAGUGUGUAUAACAAGCCUGAAUUUGGCAAAUGUCAUGUAAAGUUACUCGUAAACACCCCUACAUCUCAUAUACAACUGUGUGAAUGCACUAGCUACAAUGUUAUGAAAUGCAAUAAACACUAAUCACACUACUUUCCUGUUUUAUACCACUUUAUUCAAACCUGAGCACCUCAAUAUAAAACUAAACACUGGUGAACUGUCAUUUUCCUUGCUAAGCCAAAAUUUACAAUCUGCACAGGUAAGUUUCUGCUAGCAGUUCAACAUUUAAAUAGACUAUCUCUUCUGACACACUUGGUAGAUUUCAUAUAAUGAAAAUAAACUAAAAGAAUUAGUGCAAUAUACCAGACAGAUCAAGAUAAAAUGGCCUUUGGAAAACAGAAGUUGCAAAGUUCAUUACUGACAGACAGCAGUACUUAUGUAACAGGUACAAGAGCAUCAUUUAUUACUGUUCUGGCCAUAAAGGAAGAACUUAGAACCCCCUUAGAUUAGGGAGAAAACGUUAGCUUUAAGUAACUGUACAUUUGUAUACUUUUAAGCAACUCUUAAAUAUUACAGAAAGUAUUAAACAAAUGUAGACUACAAUGCAGAGUACCCUAUUUACAGUACAUUAAUAUCCAAAUUUAAAAUCAAGUUGAAUGUACAUGAUUGUUAGUGCACCAACUAGGUUUCUUUCCUUAAGGGAAAAACAAACUGCAAUGGCCAGCAAUGAUCAAAAACAUGAAAGAAAUCACAGACACCUAGUUUGUCUUGGUUUUACUUGCAGAGCUCUUAUGGUUUGUA